UGAGAUACACCAAGUGAGAAGACUGGUCUUUGACAGGUACUAAUAGUGUCCAGUGUCUUUAAGGCAAGUAAAUGGAGAACCUUUUUCGGUAAAGCCUAAUUGUGAUUGAUAUGGGUUAUUAUUAGGUAUGCCUAGUAAUGUAGUAGCGUACUGUGUUUCUUUCAUCAGUAUACAUGUAUACCAUUGUUGACCAGUGAUAGGCUGACAGUUUAAUUAGAGCAUCAUCUACACGAUAUUCAGCAACUUGUCAUCAAAGCCUGUUGAGCACCUAGACAUCAGGGUGCGGCUGCCGAGGAUGGACGGUUUGUGUACGCAUCGGGUGCCAACGUAUUUACAACAAUAGGAAUACGUAUAAAUAAAAACAUGAUGCUGGAUGACUGCUCGCAUCUGACGGCCUCCUUGAACUGCUCCAAGGUGGGCAGCUCGAUGAUGUCUUGAGGAAGCUCAUUCCAGUCUUAAAUUGUACAAUGAAAAAAGCUGUAUUUGUAGGUGUCUGAUAGUGUUCUUAGUCUUGUAAAUCUCAAUCUAUAAGAACGGUCUGUGGUACCAGGUACACAAUGGCAGAUAAUAGCUCACUAGAUGAGUGUCUAGCUGAUGCUAAAAACAUCUCUUUGUUGAAUAUAUCGUUGUGGCUUUAUUCACCCAAGGACAUCAUCGUUAUUACCAUCGUCAUACCAAUCAUCUUGUGUCUUGGAGUGAUCAACAACUCAGCUUUUCUGUUUGUCAUGUUUCGUGUUCCCACGAUGAGAUCUGCAACCAAUAUCUGCUUAGCACAUUUGGCCGUGGCUGAUCUUCUGUACCUGACUGUUACGAGCAUCGUGUUUAUUAUUUUGACUUAUGCAACAUCCCCAUCUGUGGCAAACAAUGUCAUCCUGAGCAGUUCUGCUAAGUGUUUCACCUUCGGGUCGUUGAGGUUAACGGGAUACUUUGUAUCCAUUGCUCUGCUUACAACGGUGUCAUUGGAGAGAUAUCUUGCUGUAUGCCAUCCAGGGAAACAUCUGAAAAUCCGUGGACGGCGCCGAACCAACACAAUGGUCGCUAUCUGCUGGGUGGUGGGGUUGAUGUUUGCUUGCUCACUGACAUUAAGCACUUCGGCUGUAAUGAAAACACGUUGUUUCAUCUGGCCUGAAGUUUACCGGAACUUUCCAACAUUGUUCAGCUACUGUGGGCCUGUAGUUGACGUUGCAGGCAUUUUUGGACCACCCCUGUCACUUGUAGCCUGGUUCACUACAAUGAUUGCUAAUGUUUUUAUGUAUAUACGGAUUAUUUAUGCAUUAAACAAACGCAGGAGUGCUACCUUUAUGAAAGGAAACGACCAUCAAGCAAAGCAAAGCCGAAACAAAGUCGCACAACUUCUGAUCGUCAAUGGUGUGGUAUUCUUCACCUGCCAGACACCUUCCAUUGUGGACCAUUUGGUGAAUUAUUAUCACAUGAUCAUACCAACAUACGGUUCUAAUGAAACAUACUCACAACUGGCAGUCAACAAAGCAUGGUUUGCCGAAAUUCCUCUGUUAAUAAAUACCAUAGUCAAUCCACUGAUAUACGGUGCAAUUCAUGCUCAAUACCGUUCUGCAUUCAUUCAAGCAUUUCGAUGCAAUACUGGAUCUAGUCGGCUUCAAUUUGACAAAGCCAAUCCUGCAGUCAGUCUUCAAGCGAUGAAGAGAGCCCGAAACUUUACCGAUGAUGAAACUAAUGACACCAUGCUUGUGAAAUCCAACAUAACUCGGCUUUAAAGCCGUUUACAAUCUGUAAUUGAUAACGUUUUUUGUUUUAGGUAGAUUUGUGCAUUUCUGUUUAUUUUUCCUAAACAGUUAAAAAGAACUUGGGACUUAAAAGGAACACGUUGCCUUGGAUUGGACGAGUUGGUCUAUAAAAAGCGUUU